AUGGCGAUUGGCAAAAGUCCACGGUUGACGCUGCCCUGGCUCCGCUCACGCUGCCAGGGCAAGCCUGAGCGCUGCCCUGGCUCCGCUCACGCUGCCAGGGCUGCACCUGCUCAUUCCAGCAACCGGCAGCCGGACAGAGACGCUUCUACUCCACGUUUUGAGCACCAGGGAAGCCUCCAGAUGCCACACCAAGGACCCUACAGACGUUGUCCCAUCUGCUGCAGUAAGUUUGCUCAGCUGCCGAAGCAUUUAGAAAGGGUUCACCACGUUUUGAACAAGGAGGAGCGGAAAAUCCUCCUGGCAUUUGCCCACGGACGGGUCAACGUCCGGGGUCUGGAUUGUCCCGUCCGGGGGUGCAACUACAGAGGUCCGAGAGUGGACCGGCACCUGUACGCGGGUCACAAGGAGCUGGACAUCGGGGCCGUGAGGGACCACCUCCGCCUUCUGCACUGGAGGGCCACCCUCCGCGCGCUGGCAGAGCUGAGGUCCACGGAGCCCACGCCACAGCUAGCAUCCGAGCUGGACGUCUCGGAGCGGCAGCCACCGGCCCCAGAAUCGCCGGGGGAGGACGGAGAUGUCUCCUCUUCUCCGGGGACACCGCAGCGGACCGCUCCAGAGCCACUUUCCGGUAGGGAUUCUCCGCCUCGCUCCCACAGACCUGGUUCUCUGCCCGCCUCGCCGCCUCCUGGUUCCAACGCCUCUUCUCCUCCUCCUCCUCCUUCUCCUGGUCCUGCUUCCAACGCUGGCCAUACUCCUGCCCGGACGCAGCCAGAGGCGGACACGAGCGACUCUGACCCUCCGGCCAGCUCCAGCAGCACCAGGGCGGUCCGAGGGCUUGCCCUGCUGCCCUUUGCCCCUCUCGUCUUCCCCGCAGCCGUGGAGAGCUACUUGGAGGAGUACCACACACACCUGAGGGGCGCGCUGUCCACCCCACAGCACCGCAUGAAUGCACGCUCCAAGCUGGGCCGGAUCCGGACCCUUCUCUCCUUCGUUGCCCGGGGGAAACCUCUCAACGCCACCUGGGCGUUCAUGCAUGACCUGGAGAAGAUCCACGCCUUCCCACAAGCCCUGAAGGACAAGCGGAGGACCAUAACAACCGUCAAGGUCUACCUGGUGAACUUCUCACAGUUCAUGGACUACUUCUCCGAGACUCCGCCGAGAGGAUCCAGGCUGACCAGGAGACAGAUCAGGGCGGUGGGCAGGGCGGUCAGAGCGGACCUCCAGCAGAUCGGAACCGAGAUAACGCUCCACCAGAUCUCCGUUAAGCGCUCCAAGGCGAAGAGGUCCAUCACCAGGAAGCACCUGCGGAAGUGCAAGAGCCUGGCCACGGCGACCAUCCCUGUCCUGCUGGGGAAGCUGGGGGCAGCACCACCGAACGUCCAGCUCCGCCACAGGCUCUACGGCUACCUGGCCUGCUACCUGUCUGCUGUCUACGGCCACCGGCCUGGCGUGCUGACAAAAAUGACGGUGGAGGAGCUCCAGGAGGCGAUAGAGGAUGCUGAGGAAGGCUCUCCAGGCUUUGUAAUCAAUGUAAGUGGAUGUAUGAGAACCAGGGGCAUGGAGCUCGGGGCAGAGAAGCAUGNGAGGAACCACAAGACCAACAGGGCCUUCGGAGCUGCCCAGCUGUUCUUGACCCACGCGGAGUUCACCUGGAUCGUCCGCUGGCUGUCGAUCCGGAGCACGCUGAACCCACCGCGCAAAUUUCUGCUGUUCAGCAGCAACCAGAAGCGGAUCGCCAAGCUGACGCGGUUCUCCCAGUGUGCCUGGACGGAGAUGGGGCUCCCAGGCCGGCCGACCAUGACUGAUUUCCGCAGCGCAGUGGCGACACAUGCAAGGGAUGCACACAGCAGCGAGGUCAGAGGACAACUCGCCCGGGUCAUGUGCCACGACACCAGGACUGCAGACAGGUUCUAUGCCAACCAGCUCACUGCGGAACAACUGGCGGACAUCAGAAGCAAGUUUGACAGGGCUACAGCACCACAAUCUUCCUCUCCAGGCUCCGGGGAGAGUAGCCCACCGCUCCCCCGCCAAGGUAACUCUUCUUCGGACCUGGAAUCCUCUACCAGCCCCCCGGGAGAUUCGGAGAGAGAGACGGAGCAAACCAGUUAAAAAAAA